AUUAGAUACGGACCAGUAGAUGGCAGCAAUGCGCCUAAGAUGCGUUCAGUCUGUUGGAAAGUAAAAAGAAGAAGAAAAACGUCACCCGGAAGUGUUCACCCUGUGACAAAACGAGUGGCUGAAAGCAAACAUCAAUAAUGGGAGUCACUUGUGUGUGUCAAGUACCAGUGGCAGACGGGAAGAGUGUGCAACAGACUGUGGACAUGGUGCACAAGAAACUGGAGCAAUUGGGAGCUGUGAAGCAGGGCAGCUUCUGUGUAGACUGUGAGACAUACCAUGCAACUGGAAGUGUCAGUGGUCAGCCCUCCAAGCUCUUAUACGUGAUGCACAACUCUGAAACUCCUCUGAGCUGCCUGGCUCUGUUCGAGAACAGUCCCUGCCUUGUAGCUGACGGCAACUUUGACGUUCUUAUGGUGAAGCUGAAGAGCCACUUCCAGAAUGCAAAGGGCCACAAAGUGGAGUGUCGGGGAUCCCGAUUCCGCUACUGCGACUUCUUGAUUAAAGUUGGUACAGUGACCAUGAGCUCCAGUGCCAGAGGGAUAUCAGUAGAGGUUGAGUAUUGUCCUUGUGUGGUUCCCGGGGACUGCUGGAAUCUUAUGAAAGAGUUCAUGCAGUCUUUUCUGGGCCCGAGUGUGCCAGAGCUGCCGUCUGUGUUUGCUACCAAGCCCGAAGGCAUUUUCGCAGCGUCUGACUGCGUUGACACCAUGACUCAGUACCUGGAGUUGUUCAACAAACUUCGAGGCCACGGGGAAGACCCAGGACACGUUGGGAAGACUAUCUCUCCCGGCUGGCCUGGGAACGCCUCCGGAUCCCCCGGGAGGAGCUGGACGAAGUGGCUGGAGAGAGCGAAGUCUGGGCUUCCCUGCUUAGGCUGCUGCCCUGUGACCCGACCUCGGAUAAGCGGAAGAAGAUGGAUGGAUGGAAAAUAAUACAAAAGAAAAUUCAGUUAUAAACAUUCAUUCACUUCCUUCUUUCCUUCAUGGAGCUAAACUUUACCGCUGCCAGUAUUUUUUUCAAUAUUUUUAUUGUAAGAUUUUCAGAAUGUGUUUGUUCUAUUUUUGGCCAAAGUAAGACAAAGAAAACAAUCCGAUGUUGUCUUAAUUUUUUUGUUUUAAUGCCAUGAUUUUAAUAGUCCGACCCAUGUGUGCACAGAUUUUCCUCCAUGCGGCCCCUGAGCUAAAAUGAGUUUGACACCCCCGGUUUAUAUGAAUGUUGCUAUUUCUUGCUUUUUUUGCAAAUAUAUUUUAUUGAAUUUUACAGUUAAAAUCACAUUUGACAGUAAAACUUUGCUCACGCAGACCCUUCAUACAAGCACACGUCCACUCAUACACACUCACAUGCACACUUAAAGAGAGAGGUGCACUUGAACUUUAACAACUCAAGGUUUACAGUAUAGACAUUAUUAGAAAAAAUACCCAGAUAUUGUAUAUAUAUCCAUCCAUCCCGCUCUGGCUCAGGAUCAGCAGGCUAUCCAGACCAUAGCAAGAUGGAUGAAUAUUCCUCUGCAUCAAGGAUCCUCUGUAAGUGAUCACAAGAUCACCUCCCAAGGAUCUCUCCACCGUUC